UACAUAUAUUAUUAUUGCUUUUGUUUUGUCCAUUCAUCCUGAGCGUCCUCCCCGCGUGAAGGCAGAUGAGUGGAGGGUGGUUCACUCAACAUGGCUGAGCUGCUGUGGCAUGAGGAGGCGCUGGCUGGACCUCCCCACAGCGCCUGACUCCCAAUAGAGUCGAUUGUUUGUUUAGGCUGGGAGGUGAUUAGAAGUUGAUAAUGCCUAAGAACAGGGAGAGAUUCAACUCAGACCCGUCCAUCCACAUAUCCAAGAUGAACGUGAUCAUCCCGUUUUCACCUGAUGUGCCCUGUGACAGUAACGGCCAGCGGAUGUGGUGGGCUUUCCUCGCCUCAUCCAUGGUCACUUUCUUCGGGGGUCUCUUCAUCAUCCUCCUGUGGAGGACCCUCAGGUAUCUGUGGACCGUGUGCUGCCACUGUCGCGCCAAAAAGAAGGAGGUCCAUCGGAUCACCACAGGCGAUGGCGUCAAACGCACUGAUAAGGACGACGUGGCGGCCAGCGAGGUGGGCUGGAUGACCUCAGUCAAAGACUGGGCCGGAGUCAUGAUAUCCGCUCAGACGCUGACAGGAAGAGUCCUGGUGGUUCUCGUAUUUGCUCUCAGCAUCGGAGCCCUUGUAAUAUACUUCAUAGAUUCAUCUGAUCCCAUCGAGUCCUGUCAGAACUUCUACAAAGACUUCACGCUGCAGAUUGACAUGGCGUUCAAUGUGUUUUUCCUGCUCUACUUCGGCCUCCGCUUCAUUGCUGCCAAUGAUAAGCUGUGGUUCUGGCUGGAGGUGAACUCAGUGGUGGACUUCUUCACCGUCCCUCCAGUGUUUGUGUCGGUGUAUCUGAACAGGAGCUGGCUGGGCUUGAGAUUUUUAAGGGCCUUAAGGUUGAUACAGUUCUCAGAGAUUUUACAAUUUUUGAACAUACUAAAGACAAGCAACUCGAUCAAGCUGGUGAACCUGUGUUCAAUCUUCAUAAGCACAUGGCUGACUGCAGCAGGCUUCAUUCAUUUGGUGGAAAACUCAGGGGAUCCUUGGGAAAACUUCCAAAAUUCCCAGGCCCUUUCCUACUGGGAAUGUGUCUACUUACUCAUGGUUACGAUGUCCACCGUUGGCUAUGGAGACGUUUAUGCGAAAACCACCCUGGGUCGCCUGUUUAUGGUCUUCUUCAUCCUUGGUGGUUUGGCCAUGUUUGCAAGCUACGUCCCUGAAAUCAUAGAAUUAAUAGGAAACCGCAAGAAAUACGGUGGUUCCUAUAGUGCGGUUAAUGGGAGAAAGCACAUCGUUGUCUGUGGUCAUAUAACACUUGAGAGUGUGUCCAACUUUCUGAAAGACUUCCUACACAAGGACAGGGAUGAUGUCAAUGUAGAAAUUGUUUUUCUCCAUAAUAUUUCCCCUAAUCUUGAGCUGGAAGCCUUGUUCAAACGCCAUUUCACCCAAGUUGAGUUUUACCAAGGGUCUGUUCUUAAUCCACAUGACCUGGCCAGAGUCAAGAUUGAAUCUGCCGAUGCCUGUUUGAUCUUAGCCAACAAAUAUUGUGCUGACCCUGACGCUGAGGAUGCAAGCAACAUCAUGAGGGUUAUAUCGAUCAAGAAUUACCACCCAAAGAUCAGAAUCAUCACACAGAUGUUGCAGUACCACAAUAAGGCCCACCUUUUGAACAUCCCAAGCUGGAACUGGAAGGAGGGAGACGAUGCCAUUUGCCUUGCAGAGCUGAAACUUGGCUUCAUCGCCCAGAGCUGCCUGGCUCAGGGCCUCUCCACCAUGCUGGCCAACCUUUUCUCCAUGAGGUCUUUCAUCAAGAUUGAAGAGGACACAUGGCAGAAGUAUUACCUCGAAGGAGUAGCUAACGAGAUGUACACCGAGUACCUGUCGAGUGCCUUUGUGGGCUUGUCCUUCCCUGUCAUCUGCGAACUCUGCUAUGUGAAGCUAAAACUGCUGCUCAUAGCUAUAGAGUACAAGUCUGAUCAAAGAGAAAGCAGCACCUUGAUAAAUCCUGGGAACCAUGUGAAAAUGCAGGAGGGAACCUUGGGCUUCUUCAUUGCCAGCGACGCCAAAGAAGUAAAGAGGGCGUUGUUUUACUGUAAAUCCUGCCACGACGACAUAACUGAUCCCAAAAGAAUAAAGAAAUGUGGAUGCAAGAAAUCCAAGACUCCCGUCUACAAGAAAAUACGACUGGCAUGUUGUUUUGAUUGCGGCCGCUCAGAGCGAGGCUGCUCUUGCAUGCCACUUAAUGUGCGUGGUAACAUGGACUCCUCUCAACAUGACAUCCCACUCUCUGUUACUGAAUGCACAACCACAUUACACGCCCCUAAAAAUAGCUAUAAUGGAUAUAUCAAGUCAAUUGAAGAGGACCAACAGUCGACUCUGUCGCCCAAAAAAAAGCAACGUAACGGAGGCAUGAGGAUCUCUCCAAACUCCUCACCUAAGAUAAUGAGACAUGAUCCACUCCUCAUCCCAGGGAAUGAGCAGAUCGAGAGCAUGGACGAGAAUGUAAAGAAAUACGACUCCACUGGGAUGUUUCAUUGGUGCCCGUCCAAAGACAUCGAGAAGGUCAUCUUGACCCGCAGCGAGGCAGCCAUGACUGUCCUAAGCGGUCAUGUGGUCGUGUGCAUUUUUGGAGACGUGAAAUCGGCACUGAUCGGACUCCGAAACUUUGUGAUGCCCCUGAGAGCGAGCAACUUUCACUACCAUGAGCUGAAGCACAUCGUGUUCGUCGGCUCCCUCGAGUACCUGAAGCGAGAGUGGGAGACGCUUCACAACUUCCCAAAAGUUUCUAUUCUGCCAGGCACACCACUGAGUCGGGCAGAUCUGAGGGCUGUCAACAUCAACCUCUGCGACAUGUGUGUCAUCCUGUCAGCCAAUCAGAACAAUAUUGACGAUGCAUCACUGCAGGACAAAGAAUGCAUCUUGGCGUCACUCAACAUCAAAUCCAUGCAGUUUGACGACAGCAUCGGGCUCUUGCAGGCUAAUUCCCAAGGCUUCACACCACCAGGCAUGGACCGAUCUUCUCCAGAAAACAGCCCAGUCCAUGGAUUAGUAAGGCAAACCUCUGUCACAACAGGAGCAAAUAUCCCCAUCAUAACAGAGCUAGCACCAUUAGCAAAGCCGGGCAAAAAACUGCCUGUGAUUUCAUUCAGUCAGGAUAAAAGCAGUGGGACCAGCAUACAAAUGAUAACUGAGCUGGUGAAUGACUCAAACGUUCAGUUCUUGGACCAAGAUGACGACGACGACCCAGACACGGAGUUAUACCUCACUCAACCUUUUGCCUGUGGGACAGCCUUUGCUGUCAGUGUCCUGGAUUCCUUAAUGAGCGCUACAUACUUCAAUGAUAAUAUCCUCACCUUGAUCCGGACGCUGGUAACAGGCGGGGCGACCCCAGAGCUGGAGGGGCUGCUGGCAGAGGAGAAUGCACUCCGAGGUGGCUACAGCACACCGCAGACCUUGGCUAACAGGGACAGGUGUCGCGUGGCACAGCUGGCCUUGUACGACGGGCCCUUUGCUGACCUGGGGGACGGUGGUUGUUAUGGCGACCUGUUCUGUAAAGCCCUGAAAACAUACAACAUGCUGUGCUUUGGCAUCUAUCGGCUACGAGACGCACAUUUAAACGCGCAGAGCCAAUGCACCAAACGGUAUGUCAUAACCAAUCCGCCAUAUGCAUUUGAGCUGGUGCCCUCGGACCUGAUAUUCUGCCUGAUGCAGUUUGACCACAACGCAGGCCAGUCUCGAACCAGCCUCUCCCACUCGUCCCACUCGUCCCAUUCCUCCAGCAAAAAGAGCUCCUCUGUCCACUCGAUCACAACCACCAACCGCAGCAACCGCACCAAAAGCAGGGACUCACGAGACAAACAAAAUGCAACAAGGAUGAAUAGAGUGGGCCAAGAAAAGACAUGGUUUACAGAUGAGCCAGAGAAUACCCACCUGAGGACCAUACAGAUCAAGCCAGUGAAUACUCUCGCCGUCAGCCAAGUCAGUCAGUACAAAUCCACAAGCAGCUUGAUUCCACCCAUCGCAGAAGCCGAGGACGAGUGCUGAGCUCGGGACCCACGCUGACACCUGGAUGCCUGGACCCUCUGAGGACUUCUCAUGUAGGUGUCAGACUGGGAUUCAGGAUCUCUUCUCGACUGGAAACAUAAAGGAUCGGGUUAACAUUCGAUGAGACAAACACAAGACUGAUUUCCUCAUUCACCUAUGUUGCAAAGUUACGGUACAAUCAUAUAUACAUACAAUCAUAGACGAGCAUCACAAUCCCUCAACCUUUAGUUUUCUCUGCUAUUUUUCGAUUGACCAGACCCCAAGAGAUUUUUUUUUGUCUAUUCUGGGGAAUGAUGGUCACUCAAAAGAGACAUGUAAAAAAAAAGAAAAAAGGCUACAACUACUACAGUUAUUAUUGGAUCAAAUGUCGUAAAAGUUGCCUUUUUAUCUGUCGAUGACCAACUAUUACAACUACUGCAUUCACUUUACCCAGUGUUGCAGAAUUAUUCUGUACAGUAUGUCAAACGGAGUAUUUUACAUUCAGCUGCAAACCCACCACAAUGGCAUUUUUAGUGACUGGCGCUCAGCGAUUACUUUGCCAUUUGGAGCUAAUUCACAACAUUUGUGACGGUUAUGAUGGCCUGUGUCCAUGUGUAUAUGGCAUUUGGCUCCAGCCUUAUCGUUAUCAUUUAUAUUUGUCUUAUCUUUGCCUUUCUGAGUAAUUUGUUUGGAAAUGUUUUCAUGUCACUGUUUGGUUGCAAUGUCCAAAAUCCCAGAAAGCUUACAGAGAAAAGCUUUUACAUAUUUGCAGAGCUGCCCAGUUUUCUUUCCUUGGUAAUAGCCAAACAUGAUAGAGCUGUUUUGUUCACACCAUUACAACAUAGCCAGAAAUUCUACUCCUUUUUUUCAUUUUGUCAAGAAAUCAUAGACAGCCAGGCCAAAUAUUAUUUUAAGUGUGUAAUUGAGCUGAAUGUGAAAGCCACAUAUCGCAUGCAGUGGGCAUCUUUAAUUCCUCCUUUGGCUGUAAGCACUGCCUGACACAGGAUUGUCUUGGAGUGCACAUUAAGUGCACGUACUGUACGUACUCCAUGACCAAUCUAAAUGCCAUAACGAGAAAUGUUUGUGCUUUUUAUACAUGCAUAAAAAAAACAGCUCUAUCAUACAACAAAAAAUCAUGUUUUUUUUGGCUUCCAGUUUGUAUAUGUAGUAAUAGAUUGUGUGCUGUUGGUAAAUCCAUGUUGGCCAUCAAUUACAGAUCUGAUGUAUCCAUAAGACAAUGAAGGUAAAGAAGCGUCAAUCAUUUGUUUGGGUUUGUUUCGACACACCAGGUCAGAAUACGGCGUGAACAAUGGUUAAUAAUCAUGUUUUAUAUGAAUAAUAGAACAUAGUUAUAUUCGCACUGUUGUCACUUUUGUCCGGAAUCAAUGAAGUGGAAGUAAAUGAAUGAAAAUGCAUACAAGCAAUCCAUAACAUCCUGAACUUAAACAAGGAUGUGUCUCAAUCUAACCAAGGGUUCAUAGUGAAUGUAGAAAGAGAGAGGUUGUGACAUCUUUACUGGCAGAAGAGAGCAUCCUUCCAUCCUUCCUUCUAUCCUUCCCUUGCUCAGUGUCAGUGAUGUGCCAGGCAGUGCUGAAGCCAUCGGAGGACUCCACAAGACCCACUGUUGCGAAAAGAGGCUUCAAGUUUAACUGGAUUUAAGCUAUUUUUUUUGUUUUGCUGUUUUGUUUAUACUCUCCUCUUUGUUUUCCAUCAUCACCACUCAGAGACCAUUGCACAGAAACAGUCUUUCAUUUCCUGGAGAUGAAAAGAGUACGAUGAAAUAAAAAGUCUUAAAACUGUUUUUUCUUUUUUAAAUGAUCCACCACCAAUAGCAGAUCCUGAUAGCAAAUACAUUUAUGUUUUCUUUAAAGAAAUCUCUAAAGCUUCAUGUAAAAGUUUUAUUUCUAGUGUGUUCUAGUUUGUUUGACUGAUUCUGUUGAUUCUGUUGUUUGCCACUUCCUGUGGGGCUGAGGGAUGUUCAGCAUCACAGUCUAGUUUGUAAUAUUUUGUGAUUUGUUGAUUUUUUUUUAGCACGUUUACUUGUGGAUACAAAGACCGUGCUAAGCUGAUAUUUCUGACUAUGUCAUAAUUACCCAAUAAUAAAUACAGUUUAUUGUCUUGUACAAAUAGAUUUGUACAUAAAUUGUACAUGAUUUCAUUUUGUAUUUUCACAAAUUAAAGCUAAUGUAUUGUGUUCUA